AUGGCAAAGAAAGGCAUCGACGUACCAGACGGGCUGCGUGAACUUCUGGUGGAUUUCACAACUACUGUACUGCGAUCAAAGCCCAAGGAUUUGGUGGAAUUCGCUUGCGAAUAUUUCACAAUGAAGAAAAAUGAACGAAAGCCGCCGGUCGAGGUCGACAGUGAUGAUGACAUAAUCUCCGCACCUCCUAUUCGCACCAAGCGCCGUCAAGGCGUUGCGGCUGAAAGUUAUGAUCCAGAGAAGGAGGUGGAGUUUGUGAAAGUUGUACAUGAAAAAUCAGAAGAACAACGUCUGCGUCUAACCCAGGCCACGAAAGGAAUCCUUCUCUUUAAAGGUCUAGAAGAAGAGCAGAUGCGGGCUGUUAUCGACGCAAUGUACGAAAGGAAAGUUGAAGCUGGAGAAGAAGUCAUCAAACAGAAUGAAGACGGUGACAACUUUUAUGUCAUCGAGAACGGCACCUUUGACAUCAUUGUCGACAAAGGCGAUGGCCCAAAGAAGGUCGGACAGUACGACAACAAAGGCUCUUUCGGAGAACUUGCUCUCAUGUACAAUACCCCGCGUGCGGCCACGAUUCGCGCAACUACCCCCGGUGUCUGUUGGGUGAUGACUGGAGAAGUUUUCCGCUGUAUUGUGCUGAAGUCAGCCUUUGAGAAACGAAGGAUGUACGAAGAACUUUUAAACCGUGUGCCCAUUUUGGAAAGCCUCAGUGCCUACGAAAGAAUGAGUAUCGCGGAUGCACUUCGAACGGAAGUUUAUGUAAACGACAGUCUGAUUAUCAAACAGGGCGACCCAGGUGACGAAAUGUACUUUGUGGAGGAUGGAGAAGUUGUAAUCACAAUGAAGAAAGUUGGGGAAGAAGCCGAAACCGAACUGACAAGGAUCCGGAAAGGUGGGUACUUCGGCGAGCUUGCGCUCCUAACGAAGCACCCACGAGCAGCCUCUGCAAGGGCAGUUGGACGUACUAAACUGGCAGUUUUGGACGUCGGCAGUUUUGAACGGUUGCUUGGGCCCUGUCUUGAAAUUCUCCAACGCAACAUUGAUGAUUACGAGAAUCAGUUAAAGCGCGUGUUUGGAAGCCUUGAAAACGUCCCCGAACUACGUCACUGA